GUCCGCAGCCGCGCGGCGUUCGGCGCCCCAUUCAUGCUGGGCAGCGGCAGCGCGGCCACGCAGCGGAGCCCGGGCGCGGCGGUGACGGCGACGGCGGCGGCAGCAGCAGCGGCCUCGGCCUGGGCGGCCUUCGCGGCUUCGGCGGCCCCGUGGCGGGGCGGGCGGCGGCGGCGGCGGCGCGGGCGGCGGGGCGCGACGAUGGCCGGCGGCGGGGCGCGCCCCGGGGCAGCCGGGUUAAGGCUCCCAGCCCCAUGAAGCCCACCCCUGCAGGACCUGAGCAGCUCAGCCUGAGGCCCCUACCCGCCAUGCCGCUGCCACCUCAGAGCCCGUGGGCACUUCCGAUGCUGCUGCUGCCACUGCUCCUGGGGGGCAUACAGCAAGUGGUAGGCACGCCCAGGCUGGGUGGGGGCACACAGCCCGGCUUCCGCACCUUUCCGGCUAGUGACUGGGGCCUCACUCACCUGGUGGUCCAUGAGCAGACGGGUGAGGUGUAUGUGGGCGCAGUGAACCGCAUCUACAAGCUCUCGGGGAACCUGACGCUGCUGCGUGCACACGUGACAGGCCCUGUGGAGGACAACGAGAAGUGCUACCCUCCCCCCAGUGUGCAGUCGUGCCCGCACGGCCUGGGCAGCACCGACAACGUCAACAAGCUGCUGCUGCUGGACUACGCCGCCAACCGCCUGCUGGCCUGCGGCAGUGCCUCCCAGGGCAUCUGCCAGUUCUUGCGGCUCGACGACCUCUUCAAGCUGGGAGAGCCACACCACCGCAAGGAGCACUACCUAUCCAGCGUGCGUGAGGCCGGCAGCAUGGCGGGCGUGCUCAUCGCAGGGCCUCCGGGCCAGGGCCAGGCCAAGCUGUUUGUGGGCACGCCCAUUGAUGGCAAGUCCGAGUACUUCCCCACGCUGUCCAGCCGCCGCCUCAUGGCCAACGAGGAGGAUGCUGACAUGUUCGGCUUCGUGUACCAGGAUGAGUUCGUGUCGUCACAGCUCAAGAUCCCAUCAGACACCCUGUCCAAGUUCCCGGCCUUCGACAUCUACUAUGUAUACAGCUUCCGUAGCGAGCAGUUUGUCUACUACCUCACCCUGCAGCUGGACACACAGCUCACCUCACCCGACGCCGCCGGCGAGCACUUCUUCACCUCCAAGAUCGUGCGGCUGUGCGUGGACGACCCCAAGUUCUACUCGUACGUGGAGUUCCCCAUCGGCUGCGAGCAGGCAGGCGUGGAGUAUCGCCUGGUGCAAGACGCCUACCUGAGCCGGCCUGGCCGUGCCCUGGCCCAGCAUCUGGGGCUGGCGGAGGACGAGGAGGUGCUGUUCACUGUGUUUGCCCAGGGCCAGAAGAACCGCGUGAAGCCACCCAAGGAGUCGGCGCUGUGCCUCUUCACGCUCAGGGCCAUCAAGGAGAAGAUCAAGGAGCGGAUCCAGUCGUGCUACCGCGGCGAGGGCAAGCUCUCGCUGCCCUGGCUGCUCAACAAGGAGCUGGGUUGCAUCAACUCGCCCCUACAGAUCGAUGAUGACUUCUGCGGGCAGGACUUCAACCAGCCCCUGGGUGGCACGGUCACCAUCGAGGGCAUACCUCUGUUCGUGGACAAGGAUGACGGCCUGACCGCUGUGGCUGCUUACGACUACCGUGGCCGCACCGUGGUGUUUGCCGGCACUCGCAGCGGCCGUAUCCGCAAGAUCCUGGUGGACCUCUCCAACCCUGGCGGCCAGCCGGCCCUGGCCUAUGAGAGCGUGGUGGCCCAGGAGGGCAGCCCCAUCUUACGCGACCUCGUCCUCAGCCCCAACCGCCAGUACCUGUAUGCCAUGACAGAGAAGCAGGUGACUCGGGUACCUGUGGAGAGCUGUGUGCAGUACACAUCCUGUGAGCUGUGCCUGGGGUCCCGGGAUCCCCACUGCGGCUGGUGUGUCCUGCACAGCGUCUGCUCAAGGCAGGAUGCCUGCGAGCGGGCGGAUGAACCCCAGCGCUUCGCCUCAGAUCUGCUGCAGUGUGUGCAGCUGACCGUGCAGCCACGCAAUGUGUCCGUCACCAUGUCCCAGGUCCCACUUGUGCUGCAGGCCUGGAAUGUGCCUGACCUCUCUGCCGGCGUCAACUGCUCCUUUGAGGACUUCACCGAGUCUGAGAGUGUCCUGGAGGACGGCCGCAUCCACUGUCUCUCACCCUCCGCCCGUGAGGUGGCGCCUAUCACGCGGGGCCAGGGGGACCAGCGGGUGGUGAAGCUGUACCUGAAGUCCAAGGAGACGGGGAAGAAGUUCGCAUCUGUGGACUUUGUCUUCUACAAUUGCAGUGUCCACCAGUCCUGCCUGUCCUGUGUCAAUGGCUCCUUCCCCUGUCACUGGUGCAAGUACCGCCACGUGUGCACUCACAACGCUGCUGAUUGCGCCUUCCUGGAGGGCCGUGUCAACAUGUCUGAGGACUGCCCACAGAUCCUGCCCUCCACCCAGAUCUAUAUUCCCGUGGGCGUGGUGAAGCCCAUCACCCUGGCUGCCCGAAACCUGCCACAGCCACAAUCAGGCCAGCGUGGGUACGAGUGCCUAUUCCAUAUCCCAGGCAGCCCAGCACGCGUCACUGCCCUGCGCUUCAACAGCUCCAGCCUGCAGUGCCAGAAUUCUUCGUACUCCUAUGAGGGGAAUGACAUCAGUGACCUGCCCGUGAACUUGUCCGUUGUGUGGAACGGCAACUUUGUCAUUGACAACCCUCAGAACAUCCAGGCUCACCUCUACAAGUGCCCAGCCCUUCGUGAGAGCUGUGGCCUCUGCCUUAAGGCCGACCCACGCUUCGAGUGUGGCUGGUGUGUGGCUGAGCGCCGCUGCUCCCUGCGCCACCACUGCCCAGCCGAUGUGCCCACUGCCUGGAUGCAUGCUCGCCAUGGCAGUAGCCGCUGCACUGACCCCAAGAUCCUCAAGCUGUCCCCAGAGACUGGCCCGAGGCAGGGAGGAACACGGCUGACCAUCACAGGAGAGAACCUGGGCCUGCGGUUUGAGGACGUGCGGCUGGGUGUGCGUGUGGGCAAGGUGCUGUGCAGCCCCGUGGAGAGCGAGUAUAUCAGCGCCGAGCAGAUCGUCUGUGAGAUCGGGGAUGCCAGCACAGUGCGAUCCCAUGAUGCCCUGGUGGAAGUGUGUGUACGGGACUGCUCACCGCACUACCGGGCCCUGUCUCCCAAGCGCUUCACCUUCGUGACACCCACCUUCUACCGCGUGAGCCCCUCCCGCGGGCCCCUGUCAGGGGGCACCUGGAUUGGCAUCGAGGGCAGCCACCUGAACGCAGGCAGUGACGUGGCCGUGUCCAUCGGUGGCCGACCCUGCUCCUUCUCCUGGAGAAACUCUCGAGAGAUCCGCUGCCUGACACCCCCCGGGCAGAACCCGGGCAGCGCCCCCAUCAUCAUCAACAUCAACCGCGCCCAGCUCACCAACCCCGAGGUGAAGUACAACUACACCGAGGACCCUACCAUCCUGCGAAUUGACCCCGAGUGGAGCAUCAACAGUGGUGGGACCCUCCUGACUGUCAUAGGUACCAAUCUGGCCACCGUCCGUGAACCUCGAAUCCGAGCCAAGUAUGGAGGUGUAGAGCGCGAAAAUAGCUGCAUGGUAUACAAUGACACCACUAUGGUGUGCCGAGCACCGUCUGUGGACAACCCGACACGCACCCCGCCUGAGCUGGGCGAGCGGCCGGAUGAACUGGGCUUCGUCAUGGACAAUGUGCGUGCCCUGCUGGUGCUCAACUCCUCCUCCUUCCUCUACUACCCUGACCCUGUGCUGGAGCCCCUGAGCCCCACUGGCCUGCUGGAGCUCAAGCCCAGCUCCCCUCUCAUCCUCAAGGGCCGGAACCUCUUGCCCCCCGCACCUGGCAAUUCCCGUCUCAACUACACAGUGCUCAUUGGCUCCACGCCCUGCAUCCUCACUGUGUCAGAAACACAGCUGCUGUGCGAGUCACCCAAUCUCACCGGACAGCACAAGGUCACGGUGCGAGCUGGUGGCUUCGAGUUUUCGCCAGGCACAUUGCAGGUGUACUCAGACAGCUUGCUGACGCUGCCUGCCAUCGUGGGCAUCGGCGGUGGCGGGGGCCUGCUGCUGCUCGUCAUCGUGGCCGUGCUCAUCGCCUACAAGCGCAAGUCUCGUGAUGCCGACCGCACCCUCAAGCGGCUACAGCUCCAGAUGGACAACCUGGAGUCCCGCGUGGCCCUGGAGUGCAAGGAAGCCUUCGCAGAGCUGCAGACGGACAUCCACGAGCUGACCAAUGACCUGGACGGCGCUGGCAUCCCGUUCCUUGACUAUCGCACGUACGCCAUGCGGGUACUCUUCCCUGGGAUCGAGGACCACCCCGUGCUCAAGGAGAUGGAGGUACAGGCCAAUGUGGAGAAGUCACUAACGCUGUUUGGGCAGCUGCUGACCAAGAAGCACUUCCUGCUGACCUUUAUCCGUACACUAGAGGCCCAGCGCAGCUUCUCCAUGCGCGACCGGGGCAACGUGGCCUCGCUCAUCAUGACGGCCCUGCAGGGUGAGAUGGAAUAUGCCACAGGCGUGCUCAAGCAGCUGCUGUCCGACCUCAUCGAGAAGAACCUGGAGAGCAAGAACCACCCCAAGCUGCUGCUGCGCCGAACUGAGUCGGUGGCCGAGAAGAUGCUGACCAACUGGUUCACAUUCCUCUUAUACAAGUUCCUCAAGGAGUGUGCUGGGGAGCCACUGUUCAUGCUGUACUGCGCCAUCAAGCAGCAGAUGGAAAAGGGCCCCAUCGACGCCAUCACGGGUGAAGCCCGCUACUCCCUCAGCGAGGACAAGCUCAUCCGGCAGCAGAUCGACUACAAGACCCUGACCCUGAACUGUGUGAUCCCUGAGAACGAGAACGCACCCGAGGUGCCUGUGAAGGGGCUGAACUGCGACACAGUGACGCAGGUCAAGGAGAAGCUGCUGGACGCCGUGUACAAGGGCGUCCCCUACUCCCAGAGGCCCAAGGCCGGGGACAUGGACCUGGAGUGGCGCCAGGGCCGUAUGGCACGCAUCAUCCUGCAGGACGAAGACGUCACCACUAAGAUCGACAAUGACUGGAAGAGACUGAACACGUUGGCACACUACCAGGUGACGGACGGGUCCUCAGUGGCACUGGUGCCCAAGCAGACGUCUGCCUACAAUAUCUCCAACUCGUCCACCUUCACCAAAUCCCUCAGCAGAUAUGAGAGCAUGCUGCGCACAGCCAGCAGCCCCGACAGCCUACGCUCGCGCACGCCCAUGAUCACGCCCGACCUGGAGAGUGGCACCAAGCUGUGGCACCUGGUGAAGAACCACGACCACCUGGACCAGCGCGAGGGUGACCGGGGCAGCAAGAUGGUCUCAGAGAUCUACCUGACGCGGCUUCUGGCUACCAAGGGCACAUUGCAGAAGUUUGUGGACGACCUGUUUGAGACCAUCUUCAGCACUGCACACCGGGGCUCAGCCUUGCCGCUGGCCAUCAAGUACAUGUUUGACUUCCUGGAUGAGCAGGCUGACAAGCACCAGAUCCACGAUGCUGACGUGCGCCACACGUGGAAGAGCAACUGCCUGCCCCUGCGCUUCUGGGUGAAUGUGAUCAAGAACCCGCAGUUUGUGUUCGACAUCCACAAGAACAGCAUCACGGACGCCUGCCUGUCGGUGGUGGCCCAGACCUUCAUGGACUCCUGCUCCACAUCCGAGCACAAGCUGGGCAAGGACUCACCCUCCAACAAGCUGCUCUAUGCCAAGGACAUCCCCAACUACAAGAGCUGGGUGGAGAGGUACUAUGCUGACAUUGCCAAGAUGCCCGCCAUCAGUGACCAGGACAUGAGUGCAUACCUGGCCGAGCAGUCUCGGCUGCACCUGAGCCAGUUUAACAGCAUGAGCGCCUUGCACGAAAUCUACUCCUACAUCACCAAGUACAAGGACGAGAUCCUGGCUGCCUUGGAGAAGGAUGAGCAGGCCCGGCGGCAGCGGCUGCGGAGCAAACUGGAGCAGGUGGUGGACACGAUGGCCUUGAGCAGCUGAGCCUGGCCACUGACCGCCUGGUGGGAGGCAGAGUGUGAGGGCAGCCCUGGCCUGCCAUGCAGGGUGCCCGGGAGGUGCUGAGGGGCCAGGCGUGUGGUCCAGCCUCGUCUGGGUCCUCCCCUUCUCUUCCCACCAGCUGGGGUCCUGCCUUCUGUGGGUGAGGAUGCCAUGGUGCCUGCUGCGCCCCCUCUGUACCCGGAGCUGGGAGAGCAUAGAGUGGCUGGACUGGCCCGGGACUCUUGCUGCAUGGUGGUCGUUGCGGGAGAAUAGGGCAGCCCCCAAGGGGCCAAGGAAUGAAGCUGGGGCCUUCCACAGCAAGGGGCAGCUGGCCCAUCAGUGUCCUCGAAGCUGGGACUGGGAGCCAGGAAGAAGCCCCUAGGUUCCCAAGCCACAACAUCCGUCGAGGGAGAAGCAAAAUGCCUAGGGCCAUCCGAGAUACACCAAAGCCCAGGCGCACCGCAGCUGCCAAGCUUCCCUGGCCAGCAUCCUCAUGUCUGCCGCACCACCGCCACCAUCCUCAGAUUCACCGCGUGCUCCGCGCGGCCAAGGCCACCUGCCCCGAGAGGCCCCACCCCCUCCUAUGGAGGGGUUGCAGACAGCCUCUGCCCAGGCUCCCGAGGGACUCUUGGACAUACCAGGCAACCCUGUUUGUGCUCAGGGCUGUGCCUGUGGGAGCCCAGGGAGGGCUGGGGCUCUGGGCCACAGAGCACAUGUCCUGUUAUUUAUUGUCCUGCCCCACACUACUCCUGGUACCGCCCCCCAGCAGCUGCUCACAAGGGGUGGGCAAUGCCCGCCUCCCCCGGGGCUCCUGAGGGCAGCUCUGUGCACCUGCCCCUCCUCACCUCCCCUUACCUCAGCAUCCCCACCCCAAGUGGCUCCAGUCCAGCAUCUCAGCAGCAGAGGGACAGCUGGAGACCAAUCUCCUUUUCCAAGGGGGACAAGAAAUCAGCUGCCCUCUGCUUGGGUGGCGAAGGCUAAGUCAGUGACCCUCUGGCAAUCCUACCUGUGAGCGACAGGCAGUGUCCAGAGGCCUGGAGGUCAGUAGCUGUCCUCUUUGCCCUCCCCAAGUGAGAGAGAACGCAUUUUUAAUAGAAAUACACCUGUACAUAUAUAUAUAUGUGUGUGUAUAUACGUGUGGCUCUGGCCUCCGUCUCUGGCCCCAGUGGGGUGCUGUACAGGUAACUGAAGGAGAAAGGAUUUUAAAUACCAUCAGAACAAGGGCAAGCAGGCGGUGGGAAGGCUGCCUGGAGGCGGGGCUGCAGGGAAAGGAUCUCAUAGCCUUCCCACAGCGGACUGGCCCCAGAACUGGGGGUAGGUGUGGAGAGGGAAGGGGCCUCCCCACCCCCCACCACCACUGUCACCGCUUCUCCGCCCUGCCAGGGUGUGCGGAGCCUGUGGGUUAUGCAUGAUCGUGCUAGCGUUUAGUCUGAGUUGAUCUUUUUAAAACUGCAAGUGUUGAAUACUAGAGGUUGUUAGACACCCCCUUUUUAUUACUUUUUUUUUUAUUAUUAAUCAGUCACUUGUAAAAGCAAACAAGCAGCCUGUCCCCUUUUCAAGUUCACUUUUUCGAUGGUACUAAAGGAGUCUCAUGGACUUUAAGGGACAGCUAACUGUGGCCAGACCCAGCCCCAGUGCCCUGAGCCCUUCCACCCCUCUCCCUCCCCCACAGGCUGCUGGCCUCCAGGGUCCCCCUUUUCCCAAGCAGCAGCGUUGAGCCACAGCAGACCCGCAGCAGGUGGAGUGAGGAGCUCCUCCCCACAUGGGUGGGGGUUGGCGUGAGAUGGAUGAACUUGUGACUCAGGGAGCUCUUAGCCCCACAGGUGGCUGCCGUAGCUGGGGAUUCCCUGCCUGGGCAAACCAGGGCUGGGCCAGAGCCAGUUGGGACUGACUGUGGUGGCCCGCCCUGUGCUAGCUGGGGUUCCCAUCCUUGAGUGUGCCCCCCACGCCUCCCUUCUGAUGCCGCCUGUCCUGGCCCAGGCAGGAACCUCCGUUUUUCCCGAAGUCUUCCCUGGACUCCGGCUUCACAUUGAAGCCCCCAGUUCUUCCAGUCCUGCCCACUCAGGCGGGGGGUGCCUCCUCCCCUCUGCUGCCCCCUCCAGGAUCCAGGCCCUGCCUCCUGGCCCUAGUAGAAAAGGGCCCAGGGCCAGCCCUGCAGGGCUGCCCUUGUCCAUGUGGGUGGGCUGGUAGGGUAGGCAUCCAGCCCUACCUGGAGCGAGAGCCUUGGAGCAAGUGGUGUGGUGUCUGGCCGCAAGCACUUUAGCACUAUCUGUUUACAUACACUUGAUGAAGCCGACUCGGGGCACCGCACCAAGACAGCAGACCUCCGGGGGUCCCCGCCAGCUGGUGGAGGUCACCUCGGCCCCCUCCUUGCCUCUGGUCCCCUAUAGGCCUCCCAGCUCUGCCAUGCAAACUGGGCCCCCUAUGUUACUCCCCGGUGCUCUACUGUGGGGUCUCUAACCCCAGCCUCUGAUCUGGAAGUGGCAGGUGGGUACAAGAGAGUAGGGACUGGAACCCACUCCAUGUGCCUGUGCGAUGCUCCCAGACACCCCAGGGUCUCAGCAAUGAUGGCACAGGUGCUGGUGCAGCUGACCCAGACACUACUACUGUUGCCACCCUCCUCUGACCACCUGCUUCUGACAGCCCCUGCCCCAGCGUUUCUCUCCCUCCCCACCCCCAAUCUCAGGGGUGCUUGGGACAAUUCACUCCUGGGCCUGGGAGCCUGGCUUCUUGAUAUACCUCGAGCUGGCCCUGAACUCCCAGCCCACGGCCACUGUACCCCAGGCCUGCCUCUCCCUUGGUCUUAGGAACUGGGGGCUGUGGAAGCGGGGUACCCCAGGACCCUUCCCCACCACCCCUGGCAUCAAGUUCCUCCGAGGAACCCAGGGGCCCUACCCCUUCUGCCCCCAGUUGCGGAUGACGGCUGCCGUCGUUGGUGCUACACGAGCUAGAGUAGAUCUAUUUAGAGAGAGAAAGAUAUUUUUAAGACGAAGUCCACAAUUAGCUGUCCUUUAAUGCCGAAGAGCCCCCACCCAAAAGAAGAGUGACCACUCAGACGGUCCAAGCUGACCUUGGCUACAGCUUCUCUCAGAAGUCUGGUAGCUGCUGGGCGCUCGGCCCGUAGAUAUGUAAAUAGACAACUAUUUCCUAUUUUACUGUUCUUCAGAUUUAGUACUUGUAAAUACAACGCACACAUUAAGGAGAGAUUAAACAUUUUUGCUAAAA